GAUGAGCUGUUGCGUGCCGCUGCCUUUUGUGCGCCUCGACACAGACAGAGAAACCUCCUUCCAGGCGGAACACGCACGAAAAAACAGUUCGAAAAGGGACUGAAACAAAGCGGAAAGUGCAUCCACGGAUUACACUCUGCUGGAGAUGAGAUUGUGGACAAAGUGGAUUUGACGCGUUUGGGGACACUUCGUGUUUUUUGGAGACGUUCCGCUCUUUGUGCUUCGGGCUGUAGAUGUUUCUCUCUGGGCAGAAAGGCCUCCAAGAUAGAUUCCCUCAGGAGUAAAGUGGACUUGCUGCGCCUCCCUCUGGCCCUCUCCUCCAAGUCCAUCGGCGACUGCAAGAGCCAGCUGGGCGUGGUCUGGGAGAAGGGCGGCGGCUCAGGGGCAGGAGGGGCUCGGAAACCCCGCCCACUGCCAGCCUCCGACAUGGACAGCGAGUCGGUGUACUCGGCGUACUCCUACAAGUCGUCCCACUCGCGAACGUCCCGCAAACACAGAGAGAGGAGGGACAAGCAUCGCGCAAAGAGCCGCGAUGGAAGCGUCCGUGGAGAGAAAACGGUCAGCAUCCUGGCUCCCGCCGAGCCGCUGCUGGAUGCCGAGUCCACCAGGGGAGACGACAGGGACGACAACUGGGGCGAGACCACCACAGUGGUCACUGGUACCUCCGUGGACAGCAUCUCCAACGAGGACCUGACACGUGUCUCUAAGGACUUGGAGGACACCUCGCCGCUGUACUGUCGCCGUUACUUUGGCGUCGUGUUGACCGCCAUCCUGGGGCUCUUUGCUAUGGUCACUCCUCUGGCCUUUUUGGCACUCCCACAGCUGCUGUGGCGGGACAAACUGGACCCUUGUGGAACUCCAUGCGAGGGUCUUUACAUCUCUCUGGCGUUUAAGCUCCUGAUCCUGCUCAUCUCCACCUGGGCGCUUUUCCUCCGCCCGUCCAGAGCUACUCUACCGCGAUUCUUCGUUUUCCGGUGUCUGCUGCUGGUGCUGGUCUUCCUCUUUGUGGCGUCCUACUGGCUCUUCUAUGGGGUGCGGGUGCUGGAGCCCAGAGAGACGGACUACAGGGGUAUUGUGGGAUACGCGGCCUCUUUGGUGGAUGCGUUGCUGUUCAUUCAGUACCUGGCCCUGGUGCUGCUGGAGAUUAGACAACUGCAGCCUGCUUUCUCGCUGAAAGUCGUGAGGACAACAGAUGGAGCAAGUCGCUUCUACAGCGUGGGACAUCUCAGUAUUCAGAGGGCAGCAGUGUGGCUUCUGGACCAGUACUACAAUGACUUCCCUGUCCAUAAUCCAGCUCUGCUUAACCUGCCCAAGUCCAUCCUCACUAGAAAGAUGUCUGCCUUCAAGGUCUACAAUCUCGGAGAAGAGAACGGCACCAAUGCUUCCACGGGGCAGUCCAGAGCCGUGAUCGCAGCCACCUCUCGGAAAAGAGACAACUCCUACAGCGAGUACUACUAUGAGGAGGCCGAGGUGGAGCGGAGGGUCCGCAAGCGCAAGGCCAGACUGGUGGUGUCAGUAGAGGAAGCCUUCACCCACAUCAAGCGCCACCAGGAAGAAGAGGCGACAGUGUCACCGAAACACCCGCGGGAGGUCAUGGACCCGAGGGAGGCGGCUCAGGCCAUCUUCGCUCCCAUGGCGCGGGCCAUGCAGAAGUACCUGCGAGCCACCAGGCAGCAGUCCUACCACAGCAUGGAGAACAUCAUCAACCACCUGCAGUUCUGCAUCACGCACAACAUGACCCCCAAGGCUUUCCUUGAGUGUUACCUCAGCCCAGGUCCCACCCUCCAGUACCAGGACGGCAGCAGGGGGCGCCAGUGGACACUAGUGAGUGAGGAGCCAGUGACUGCGUCUCUACGUCAGGGCCAGGUCUUUACACUGAAACGCACGGACUUCUCUUUGGUCGUCACGGUGACGGCGCUGCCCUUUCUGCAUCUGGCCGAGGAAUUCGUUGACCCCAAGAAUCACAAGUUUGUCAUGAAGCUGCAGUCAGAAACAUCGGUGUAGGAGGAGAGAGAGGAAAGAGAAGUUUUAAAGUGUACAUGCAGGGUAUCCUUUUUUUUUUUUUUUUUAAAUAAACAUUUUGGUAUCGUACUACACAAAACAUCUGAAAUCAAAACGUGUUAAAAUGUGGAUUCGUUGAAAUCACAGCCAUGUGUCUAAAAUGUGAUAUUUUCACCUCGUUUGCCCUGUAAUCUCUCUUUAAGGUGAUUUUGUUUGGACAGUUGAUGACAUUUUAUGAACCCAACAGUGACUACGUUAGGCGAGGCCACACUGACGCGUCACUGACUUUGUUCCUUUUUUUGUACCUCAAAGUACUGACUGUUUACUUGUGAUAAAGCACAUCACGCUGCUUCCACUUCCCAUUGUAUCGAAAGCUGUUAACAGACGUAACGGCUCCUCUCAGGAGAAGAGACGGGGAGAAGCUGCCUUCUCCAAACUCUGACGUGUCUAAAUAUGAAACUAUUACUGGAUAGUUUUGCUGUGAUAUGAGGUCACGGCUAUUGUUCUCUUCUUACCUGGUUUUCUCGUUGGCUCUGUUUGGUACGGUGGCCGGCAGCGGGCAAACGCACCGUCAUGACCCAAAACCCACGCGGGAGGAGCGACGAGCUGCAUAGACACAAACAUCGUACAGUACAACUGGUUCACAGCACAUCAGAUAUCAAUGUAUACAGUAGUUCAGGCGUUAAAAUCCAACGUCAGAUAGUUUGACUACGGAAAACGAGUGCGGGAUCGCUUGACCUCUUGGUAAAGGUCUUUUAAUAAAGUAAAAAUUAAGCAGUGGCUGGUCGUAGAGCUGCACGGACCCCGGAGCAUUUCCGUUUUUGAAGAUGCUUGUGUUUUAGUUUCUUUCUGCAGAUCAUUCUUCUUUUGCGGGGUCGCGUUUCUCACGUGGCGUGUGUUUUUGUUUUCCUUUUUGCUCGCGAAUCGGCGGCGUCUGUGAACACGCAGCUCGUUUCUCCUCCUGCGCGUGUUUUGGCUCGUUGCCGUGCGUUUGUCCCCCGUCGGCCACCGUAGCUUGGAGCAUCAAUGGAGUUAUAAGUGAAAAAAAAAAGGUUCCCCUGAACAAAACACUGGAUGGACUUUGAUUGUAACUGCUCCUUGUUGUGUCGUGGUUACACUGCACUGGUAACACAUGUAUACAUAAUGUAGAAUAAAGCACCACUGCUGUGGGCGUAGACUGUAAAUAAAGAUGGAAACAAAAUCAA